CAUUUUUUUUAUAAAUCCAUCGUAGCGCACCACGACAAAUAAGUCUUCCUACCAAAAAGUAUGAAAUCCAAAGUCUAGUCUACUGGUGCGUAACAACACACCACAACACAAUAUUAUGUCUCCGGCUUUAAAUAGAGAAACAAGAAAGAAAUUCAUAAGAAAGACAUAUACCUACCAUUUUUAUAGCUUUGACAUUUUAUUUUUUUCAGGCCAUCAAAUAGACAACAGAUACAUAAAAAUACUCGUACCUCAACCUAAUUUUUGUGUUAUAUAGUUCAUCAGCUCGUUAAGUGUACUCACAAUUUUAUUUACGACUUAUGUGGACUGAAGCCAUGCAACUGUCCGACGCUUGACAACAACCUCAUUUAAAACAGUUAGCAUCGCAUUUCGUGAAGACCACUUGUCUUAUUCGUCUAGUGAAUAUUCUGCAAAGAGGUUUUAUCAUUUUUUCCGUCCACUGACAUGAGAUGACAAGAAGACAAAUAAUGCGGUGUUUCGCCAUUAUGAGGUCGAUAAGAAUAAAAUUUUUCGUUCUAACUUUUUCGUUAUUGACGAUUUACUUGUUCCUCUUCUAUUUCUUCAUUGAAAAGUGGAUUAAUCGGAAGAAUGACUCCGUGGGUCAGUCUUCAGUGGGGCUCUCUUUGAAGCACGUCGUCGUGCAUCUAGAUUUGAAGGGGUCCCCGCCAAAAUUGAAGUAUUUGGAGUCUCUUCUUCCAGUCUUCAAGUACUAUGGAGUCAAUGGGCUCCUUAUGGAAUACGAAGAUAUGUUCCCAUAUGAAGGGGACCUCGUCAAUAUCAGCUCAAGGAACUGCUACGAUAAAAAUGAGCUCAAAAAUUUCCUGAACAAAUCCGUUAAUAUGGGUAUUGAGAUAAUACCUUUGAUUCAAACAUUCGGUCACAUGGAACAUGCGCUCAAGCUGCAAGAGUUCAGACAAUUGAGAGAGUCACAGAAGUUCCCAGAUUCUAUGUGCCCCAGUAAGGCCGGCAGCCUGCAGCUGGUGAAGGAAAUGUUGACACAGGUGAUAAAUUUCCAUGCGAGCAUAGUACCGUUGAACCAUAUUCACAUCGGUUGUGAUGAAGUUUAUCAUAUCAACAAAUGUGACAAGUGUCGUCACAGGAAUCUAACGAAUAUAAAGCUAUUUUAUAAGCACCUUCAAACACUGGAAACUACGAUACAUGAGCUCAGUCCUCGCACAACAGUUCUAAUAUGGGACGACAUGCUUCGAGGAAAGAAAGGCUUGCAACUGAGCAGCAUGGACAACGCUGACGUCGAACCAGUUUAUUGGGACUACAAACCACGUUUAACCGUCUCCCAUACGGACCUCCUCAAUUACCAUCGAAAAUUCAAGAAUAUUUGGAUAGCCACUGCCUAUAAAGGCGCCGACGGCCGGGUGGCGACGACGCCUAAUUUCAAAAACCGGUUCAACAAUCACAUUGCUUGGCUAAACUUUAUCCUUGGGUACAAAUUCGGCGGAGAAAGCAAAGUAUAUGAUUUCAAAGGGAUCAUUUUAACUGGUUGGUCGAGAUACAGUCACAUGGAUCCAUUAUGUGAGCUGCUACCCGCUGCGAUACCGAGUCUUGUAAUUAAUUUGAUAUUAAUACAAAAAAUGAAGAAAGGUGUAGUUAUCAAUGAGGCUGAAACCUUGGAUUCCGACGAUUUCUUCUCUAAAUAUAUUCAAGCUGAAUUCAACAUGAGAUUUAAAUGUAGAAAUAUGAUAUACGUUGACGAUUUCAAUAGUGCUGUGUGUAAUUAUGAAAACAGUGAAAUCUAUAAUGAGCUGAAGAACUAUAAUUUUUUCUACAAAAAUAUCAAGGACAAGUUUAUCAAUGAUAAUGCAAUACUAGCUUCAAUUAACUACUACUCUCAAAUCGGCAAUAUAAAUAUGAACACAGCUCAAAUUCAUUUAUCUUGGUGUAAGGAUAAUUUGAAGAAAUUGUCUAACUUCGAAGAGAAAUUUCGAUAUCUUAUGUCGGUUUAUUACGAGAAGGAUGUCGUCGAUGAAUACGUGAUGUCUAAAACUUAUGAUACGACGAAGAAAAUAUGGAAUGUAUGGACGACACUGAAACAGCAUUUGAAGACUGUGAAGUGGGACCGACGACCGAUUCAGAAUAACAUUACAAUGAUACUAAACUAUGUUUGAAUACUGUUGACAGAAACCGAUAAAAAAUAAAAUCACUUGAUACCUAGU